AUGGAAGCGGACGAGGCCUCGGCGCCGCCUCCCCCGCCGUGGGCGCAGAACAAGUCGGCCGCGGCCAUCGAGGCCUCGUCGGGCCCGCUCGCCGCCGCGGCCUCCCGCCUCUUGGCCCGCUCCCGUGCGCUCCCCUCGUCCCGCGACUUCCACUUCUACAACAACUUCCCGGCCUUCAAAUCCCCCGUCGGCGCCGCGGCCGCCAAGGCCGACGCCUCCCUCGGCGUGCUCGGCGCGGCCCCGCUUCUCCCGACGCGGCAGCAGCAGCCGUUCCCCGGGGGCGGCGACCUCGACGACGCGCACGACUGGCUCGUCGCCCUCAACGACGACCUGCUCGAGCGUUUCGGCGCCUCCACGGACGAGUUCAAGGCGCUGCGGGAGAAGGAGGAGGCCUCCGGGCGGAGGGCGGCGCCGGAGGCUGGGGACGGGGACGGGGACGGGUUCCAAGUGGUGUGCGGGAAGAAGAAAAAGAAGGUGGGCGAUGUGGGUGAGGAACGCGUUGGAAGAGUUGAGGCGUUUGGGGGUUCUGGCUCUGUGAAGAUGGUCACCAAGGACAAGGCGGCCGCGCCGGGGGUGAAGGCGAAGGUGCCCUUCCACAUCCGAACCAUCCCACGGCCGCAGGAUGUGUACCGCAUUGUGGUGGACAACUCCAGCAAGCCGUUCGAGCAUGUAUUGCUUGAGCGCAGCGAGGAUGGCACUCGUGUCGUGCACCCAUUGGAAAAACUCCCUGUUGAACAACUAAUCAGCAGAAAUGCUCCUGAUAGUGAGCCAGUUAAGCCACCUGCUUUAGAUGACACUCCUUUUACAUUUGUUGAAGACCUGAAAACCUUGGAGGUGCUAGCCACAAAGUUGAAUAAUGCAACUGAGUUUGCUGUCGAUUUGGAACACAACCAUUAUAGGUCGUUUCAGGGUUUGACAUGUUUGAUGCAGAUUUCAACAAGAACAGAGGACUUUAUUGUUGACACUCUUAAGCUUCGUAAAUAUCUUGGUGAUUAUCUAGAGAUUUUUUCAGAGAUCCAACCAAGAAAAAGAGUUCUAGCAGCAUCUUUGGGUGACCAGCGGUACGACGGCGCUGUGGUACAGCGGCAAGGCAACAACGGCUUGACGAGCAUGGAAUACAAAGCGAGGAGGAGAACAUACCGGCCGAGAAAUCCAGCGCGCGUCCGUCCUUGCCGCUACCGCUUUCGCUUUUGGAACUCGAGAUUUGGAAGAGCACGGGAACCUCUCGAGGUCCGGCGUUGGGGACGAACUGAAGAAAUCGCUUUUGUGGAACGGGAAGAGUCGCUGCGAACUGCGAUAUAUGCAGCCGGCGAUAGAUAUGCUAGAGAGGAUACACACUAUCUGCUAUAUAUAUACGACCUGAUGAGAUUGAGACUAGUGAACGAGUCAUCAGGUGAAAAUGAUCUUCUUUUAGAGGUUUGCAAGCGCAGCAAUGACAUUUGCUUGCAACUAUAUGAGAAGGAGCAGCUGACUGAUACAUCAUAUCUACAUAUACAUGGGUUGAAAGAAAACGAGCUGAACGCAAGACAGCUGUCAGUUCUUUCCAGUCUAUAUCGAUGGAGAGAUGGCAUUGCCCGUGCUGAGGAUGAGAGCACUGGCUAUAUAUUACCCAAUAGGACUCUACUUGAGAUAGCAAAGGAGAUGCCUGUCACAAGUGGGAAGUUAAAAAGAAUUGUUAAAUCAAGAAAUCCGUUUCUUGAGCGCAGUCUCAAAGAUGUUAUUAACAAUAUAAGGGAUGCCAUAGCAGCUUCGGGUGCUUUUGAAAGUAUAGCGGAGCAGCUGAAGAAGGGAAAGCUGGAAGAGUUAACAGUGGCAGAUGUGAAGAACAGCAGUGAGGACACUGAAAUGAUUCCUGCUGUUGAUGUUGGUAACAUUGAAGAUCCGAAUGAUGGAUCUGCUGUAGUUUCUGCAGUGAUUACAGAUGUUGGUGCUGCUCCCUGUAUGGGGACUAUUACAAGCGAAGCUUCUUUGGGUAAUAUGCAUUUAGAGGACGUUGCGCAUUUAGAGGAUUCAGGUACUUCAUCAGUGUUUACUGGACCGGCAGAUGAGGAAAAACUGAGCAAUGACCAGCAGCAAGCAGCAAAGGCUACUGUUCAAGUAUCAAAGAGGCCUACAGCUUUUGGAGCUCUGUUUGGAAAACCAGCUGCUGGAAGAAGGCCAGAUCUUUUCCUAGGGGUUUCAAAUGUUCAGGGUAAGACUAAGGUGGACAAGAUAACGUCUUCCGUGGUACUUCCUUUUCAUCAUUUCUCUGGUGGUGCAAAACCAUCAUCAGCUGUCCUCCCAGCGAAAGAAUCGUUGCAUUCUGAACCAGAAAGCAUCAAACACAGUGAUCCAGCUUGUCAGUUGGAAGAAGUGAUACAGUUGGACAUGGAAACAGACGAGCCACAACCACCAGAAAAUGGCAACGAGGAUGGACACUGUGAGACUGAAGACACUGAGAUGUCAAAGUCCCCUUCAGAUGACCCCUCUGGUACCAAGCAACAAUUCCGAACACUCUACGAAGAAAGAAACGUUCAGCAGAAUCAGAAGACACCUCGAGAAUUCGAAUUUAGUGUUCCGGUGGUCCCUUUUGAUUAUGCCGAAGCCAGAAAGAAUCUCGUGUCUAGUGAGCCCAAAGCUGAGAGGAGAAAAGACGAUGCGGUUGCAAGGGCCAUAAAUCCAGACUCUGGAGAUAAGCGGAUGGCUUCAAAAAAGACAGGCGGGGAAGAGAACGAGGGAAAUUUCCAGCAUCCAAGAAGACGGCAGGCUUUCCCGCCUUCUGGCAAUCGAAGUGCUACAUAUCACUAG